AUGGCUCAUCUUGAGGAAAACGCGAGCAAAAUCCUCCAACGUUCACAACUUUACAAACGAUACGUUGAUCAUGUUCUAGUCAUCACAAUAAGUUUAGAAGAGACAACAUGGAUUAUGGAUGAACUCGAUCGCCUGCAUCCGAAUAUACGAUUUACGAUGGAAGCAGAACGCGAAGAUACACUGCACUUCCUCGACAUUAAAAUGACUAGGAAGAAUGAUGGAACAAUCGCCAGAUCUGUUCACCGAAAAGAAACUUGGACAGACCAAUGCUUGCAAUUUGACUGUUUUGUGUCUGUGGAAUAUAAACGUGGUCUGGUCCGAACACUAUUUCAUACAGCACGACAUAUCUGCACAGAAGACAUGGUUGACAACGAACUACGACAGCUGAAAGAAUCUUUGACUAGAAACGCUUAUACCGAUGCAUUUAUCGAAAGGCACAGCAAGCCGAAAGUGAUCAGACAAACGAAUUGUUCAGCAGAAAAUCUACUAGUCACCCUUUGUCUUCCAUUCAAACGUGAUGACAUCAAUUGCUUGCUCAAACGACCACUUGGAUCAGCGCUUGCCCGAACAUAUUAUGCAGCUGACCUCAGAAUUGUUCAUCGAACGAUUGAGAUCCCCACACCGUCGGUGAAACAACGUCCACCUCUGUACACCAAUUCGAAUCUGAUUUACCAAUUUCAGCAACCUACGUGGGUCGAACAGAGCGGCAGUUACGUAACCGAGUGA